UAUAUGUAUGCUGCAUGUAUUUGUAUGUUUGUUUGUAUGCUUGUACGUGUAUGUUUGUUUGUUUGUUUGUAUGUUUAUAUGUGUAUGUUUGUUUGUAUGUGUACGUACUGCCGUGUUUGUUUGUAUGUUUAUGUAUGUGUGUGUGUCUGUAUGUGUGUGUUUGUAUGUAUGUAUUGUAUGGAUGUAUGGAUGUGUGGGUGUGUUUGUAUGUACGUAUGUUUAUGUAUAUGUAUGUAUGUAUGUCUAUGUAUGUACGUAUGUUUAUUUAUGUGUAUGUAUGUUUAUGUAUGUCUAUUACGUGUCUAUGUGAGUGCGUGUGCAUGUAUGUGUGUGUGUGUGUGUGUGUGUGUGUGUGUGUGUGUAUAUACAUGUAUAGUAUACACACACACA